AUGAGCUCUGUAGAGGAAUUGACACUAUUGCUCGAAAAAACUGGGUUCGAAGAGCCCAAAGUGAAGGAAAUUGUGAAGAACAAAAAAGUCGCAGGAUCACUGGAGACGCUCAUCAAAGAUGCCCCUGAGGGACAAGACUGGGAUAAGCCACGCAGAACUCUGGUCCAUAAUCUAGCUCAACUUGCAAAAGGUGCGGAAUUGCCCAAGUCGAAGCUAGUGGUGGACGAAAUUCUGAACGGUGAUCUCAAGACUCCGUUGCAGGUCGAGGCAGCCUACAAGUACGUCAAAGAGGCCGGAAAUGCAGCAACGGCAGAUCAGCUCAAGCAAGAAUGCGGUGUUGGUGUGGUGGUGACAGAAGCGCAAGUCAGAGAACGUGUAGUGAAGUACAUCGCCGACAACCACGCGACUAUAGUCUCAGAGCGCUACAAACUUGUCCCUGGCAUUUUAGCAGCUGUAAAGGGUCUUCCUGAGCUCAAGUGGGCAGAGCCACGUUUGUUCAAACCCAUCAUUGACGAAGAAAUCCUCAAAGUUUUGGGACCUAAGGAUGAGAGAGACGUGGUCAAGAAGGAAAAGAAAAAGAAAGCUAAAGACGUCAAUAACGCUUCAAAGGACUCCAAAAAUGGGGCCAAAAACGGUUCAAGCGAGCCUAAGAGAACUAUGUUCGACGAAGGGUUUUUGGGUGACCUCCACAAGGUUGGUGAGAACCCACAGGCAUAUCCCGAGCUAAUGCAGGAGCAUCUCAAAGCCACCGGCGGUAAAGUGCGCACCAGAUUUCCACCAGAACCUAAUGGAUAUUUGCACAUCGGUCACUCCAAGGCUAUCAUGGUUAACUUUGGCUAUGCAAAACACAACGACGGUGUGUGCUACUUGAGAUUUGACGAUACUAACCCUGAAGCUGAAGCACCUGAGUACUUUGAGUCCAUAAAGAGCAUGGUCUCGUGGUUGGGAUUUGAACCAUGGAAGAUCACAUAUUCUUCAGACUACUUCGAUCAGCUCUAUGAGCUGGCCGAGAAAUUGAUUUUAAAUGGCAAAGCUUACGUGUGCCACAGCACACCUGAGGAGAUCAGACGCGGUCGUGGUAUCAAGGAAGACGGUACUCCCGGUGGUGAGCGUUUUGGCUGUGAAUGGCGCGAGAGGACUCCAGAGGUCAACUUGGAGGAGUUCAGAAAAAUGAGAGAUGGUUUCUACAAGCCUGGAGAGGCUACAUUGAGAAUGAAACAGGACUUCAAUUCUCCUUCACCACAAAUGUGGGAUCUUAUUGCUUACAGGGUGUUGAACGCACCACAUCCAAGAACCGGUUCCAAGUGGAGAAUUUAUCCAACUUACGAUUUCACCCACUGUUUGGUCGAUUCGUUCGAAAACAUCACCCAUUCGCUCUGUACCACUGAGUUUUAUUUGUCGAGAGAAAGUUAUGAAUGGCUAUGUGACCAACUGCAUGUUUUCAGACCAGCACAGAGAGAGUAUGGGAGAUUGAACAUCACAGGUUCCGUUCUUUCGAAGAGAAAAAUCGCUCAGUUAGUUAACGAGCACUACGUUAGAGGGUGGGAUGAUCCUCGCUUGUUUACUCUAGAAGCCAUCCGUAGGCGUGGUGUUCCUCCUGGUGCUAUUUUGUCUUUCAUCAACACCCUUGGAGUUACUACAAGUACCACUAACAUUCAAGUGGUGCGUUUCGAGUCUGCCAUCAGAAAGUACUUGGAAGACAACACGCCAAGACUCAUGAUGGUCUUGGAUCCAAUUGAAAUCGUCGUCGACAAUCUACCUGACGACUACGAAGAGUUGGUGACAAUUCCAUACAGGCCAGGUACCGCCGAAUUUGGUGACAGAAUAGUGCCUUUUACCAACCGCUUGUACAUCGAAAGAUCAGAUUUUUCGGAAUCUGUGGAUGACAAAGAAUUUUUCAGACUGACACCCAAUCAAUCCGUCGGUUUGAUCAAAGUUCCUUACACUGUAUCUUUCAAGUCUCUGGAAAAGGAUGCUGACGGCAAGAUUACUAGGGUUCAUGUGAAGUACGACAAUGAGGAUGCCAAGCCCAAGAAACCAAAGACUUAUAUUCAAUGGGUACCUGUGUCUGCCAAGUACAACUCGCCUCAGCGCGUCUUUGAGACCAGAAUCUACAACCAGCUAUUCAAGUCUGAGAACCCAUUGGCGAACCCAGCUGGCUACCUCCAGGACAUCAACCCUGAGAGUGAGGUCGUUUAUCCCAAGUCUGUCGUGGAACACAAUUUCAGCUCUGUCAUUGAAAAAUCGCCUUGGGUUGUUGAGAGUUCGAAGAAGUCUGAAUUCUACGUUGAGGAAGGACAUGGUCGUAAAGAGGUUUGUCGAUUCCAGGCUAUGCGUGUGGGUUAUUUCACGCUUGACAAAGACAGUGAAGCUGACCGUAUUGUUCUGAACAGAAUUGUAAGUCUGAAAGACGGCAGUAAGUAG